AAGAGCGUGCAUAAAGAGCCAGGAGCUUCGGAUGCGGUAUUCCGAAAUGAAUCGAUCGGGCGAAUUCGCCGCGCUUCGGGCCCCUGCCCGCACUCACACUUACUCACUUCAGCAAUUGAAACUCACCCGCUCGCCCAGCGCACACGCGUAGUUGUGCAGUCGUCAUACGCAUCCGCUCGAUGCAAGUUCGCUUUCCGCCCGCUGGAUUUUUUCUUGUUUUCACACGCUUAUGAGGUGGGUUCGCUGCAACGCGUGAUUCAUUUGUUUGUUUUAGUUGUUGUUUUUUUUCCUCUCCUCUUGUCUUCAUUUUACUCCGACUUGUUUUCCUCGCCGGUGUUCCAAUUAUCGUCGUGGCGCCCGACCGAACGCACUGCAGUUCUGUGAUCAUUUGUCGCCAUUUGUUUUCGAGCAUCUGAUUCGAUUGCGCGCUGUGCAAUUUCUGUGAUUUCGCGUUGUUUUCACGCACCGAGACCGACGGAGCAGCUUUUUUUAUACCUCUGUGGCGCUACGCGUCUCGUUUUGUUUACGCUGCGCACGGAGUUCGAUUUUUGCUUGUUGUUCAUCCGUUAAUCAGUGACUGAUAACUGUUUGUUUGGGGUGCAGUGCGAUUUUUACCACACGGUUGUUUCGUUUCGCUGGACAGCUCCCGGCUACUUCAGAGUUUGGAUUCUUUAUACGAGUGCCAGGAAAACCGCUGCAAAUCCAAUGACUGAAAGAUGACACCAAUCGGAACCUCUCGGGAUUAACCCAUCUGCGAUAUUUUCAGUGAAAUCCUCAAAUUAAGUAGUUGACUAGUCGCCCGGAAGUAGAUUUUUUUGAAAUAUUAUUCGGGAGUGGAGUGAAAUGCGGGAGUGUUAACGGUGCGGUUUACCCGUGGUUGUGGUGCGGUUGAUGUGUAGCCAUGGGCGGACUCGCCGGCCCGGAGCAGCAGUACUCACUGCGCUGGAACGAUUACCACGCGAGCAUCCUAUCCUCCUUUCGGCACCUCCGCGAUGAGGAGGACUUCGUCGACGUCACGCUGGCCUGCGACGGCCGCUCCUUCACGGCCCACAAAGUCGUCCUCUCGGCCUGCAGCCCUUACUUCAGGACCCUGCUCAAGGCGAACCCAUGUCAGCAUCCGAUCGUGAUCCUGAGGGACGUCCGGGAGCAGGACAUGAAGGCAUUGCUCAAAUUCAUGUACAACGGAGAAGUUCACAUUGGCGAGGAACAGCUUCCCGAUUUUCUCAAGACUGCCCAAACCCUUCAAGUUCGGGGACUCGCUGACGUUCCCGGCAAGGAACAUCCUAAAUUUAACCCUUCGGGGCCUAAUCCAGUGCCAUGGUCUGUGCCAAGUGCAGAAUCGCGACUUGGCGGAGAUGAAGGAAUGACGCCUCCUCCUGUCAAGAGAAGUCGUAGCUCUGAUCACAUGACGUCGCCUUCACCCUCAACGACCCCAAACAAUAUUAGCACCCCUAACAAUAAUAACAAUAACAUCGAAAGUAAUCAAAACAAUAAUUGCAGGGAUUUGAUUUUAAGUCAAGCUUUAGAAAAUCCCUCUCAACUAUUAAAUAAUUCCAAUAUGACGAUAAAAUUAACGUCUGAGUCAUCAUUGCAUGCUCAUUCAACGGGUGAAGAUAGCAAUUCUAGUGAUACUGAACUAAGUGAGCGAGGCCACAGUGUGACCGGAGAUGGUGUCAAGUCGGAACCCAAUUCUGACUUCAACGAUCAUGGUAGUCAUCCAAUGGACCACGCUCGGCCACCUCCUAACUUUCCGGCUGCUCUACUAGGACUUCAAGGUUUACCAGGAUUGUUGCCCGGACCAUCAGGAAUGCAUGGAAAUAAUCAAGAUAGUAAUUUUGGGGGAGGAGCUGGAGCAAUAGGAACUACACCAGUAAUGACAGGCGAGUACAAGUUGGAUCCAAAGCCAGUCUGCUCGGAGUGCGGGCGCAUGUACAGCAGUGUGUCAAACCUGAAGCAGCACAUGGCCAAUGUCCAUUCCAAUUCCAAUGCCUGGGAACCGUGCCCCAUUUGUGGCAAGCACUUCAAGACACGUCAGUAUCUGUUCAAUCACUUAUUACAGACGCACGGUAUCAGACAACGCAGCAACCGCAUGUCAGUGUCAUGCCCACCACCCCUUACUGUGACUUCGUCAACUCAGCCAGUGCCAUCUCAGAAUCAUCUCCACAUGCCACCUCCCCUUCCAUCUCUACCCACAUCACCAUCACUUCAAAGACCCCAGCCACCUACGACUUUUGAUCAGUGUCUUGAAAUGCUCACCGCAAAAGAUGGAUCAAGGCAGUCGAAUUAAGUUCUGUUUGUCGCUAGAUUUUUAGUCUGAGUAAAGUACAUAACUGAAGGCAAAUUUUUUAAAGGAAUAGAUAAUGGAGAAUCGAGAGUGUAGAGUAAGAGAGAUCAGCCCGAAAAAGAUGAACAGAAAACAAGUGGGUAAAAAAUUCAGAAUCUUAUGUCGGUUGCAUCAAGUUAGGAUGAAAUUUCUAAAUAAAAAGCAAAACCCUUGAGAAUUUUCAUAAAUUUGCUGACGAAAGAAGACUCAAUGAAUAAGUUUAUUCUUAUUUGGUGAAUUCUUAAGACACUGCUUUAGUGACUGAAUAAAAUGAUCAGUUUAUUUUUGAAAAAAGAGGAAAGAUGCAUUUAUAUUUACUAUUUUCUUUGCAAUCUUUUCUCCUUACUAUCCUCACCAACCUAGUUUUAGGAUGAAAUGAUAAUCCGUCAUUAGUUAUGAUGGUUUUUUUGUGAUCUGAUUAUAUUAAUACACUAGGCCUAAGAAUCAAAGUUAGUACAUGCAGAGCUUUCAAGCUUUCAGACUACCAGUUCCUUUAUUUUGUAUAAGAAAAAAUAGUGUACAUUCAGUUAGGUAGUUCUACACUUGGAGCCUGUUCAUGAAAUACAUAACGUUCAAGGAGAAGGGAGUUAAGAAGAGGUUUAUGCCAUUUUGUUUUUAGGUGUUAGAGAAUUGGACCCACGUCACCAAAGCGCGGGAGGGGGUGUGUGUGUGUGUGUCAAAAAUCCGAAAUUUAGCGACUUGUAUUCUUUGAAUGGCUCUCUUAGUUGCACUCUCUUUUUAAUUUGCUGUGCACAUAUAUCGGGUUAAUAGUAGAAAGUAUGUUUUAUCAUCAGGAUCAGGGCAAAAUGAACUUGUUUUCUCUGGAAUUUUGUGGAAUAAAUUUCUUUUUUUUUUUUUUACCUGGUAUUUGAAAAAUUUUCAGUGCACUCUGGAACUUUGUUCACGUACAUAUUAUACCAUUGCUCAUGACAAAAUCUAAUCCGCUCCAUCAAUUUUAUUGCCAACCUCUUGUUUUAUUUUGAACUGGAAACAAUUAUUUGUAGACUAGCAUAGUCUUUGGUCCUCUCUGGUGCUACUUAAAAUGAUCGUAAAACAAGGCUAAAAAACAGGAAAAGUACAAGUAAAUGAAAUGGGUAUCACUGAAAUUGAGCAAAAAAACUUUCCUCGCUAAAUUAAUUUUGUCCUAUCACCACUGAGGAGGAUGAUCCUCCGAAACAAUGUUAGGUCAAAUAAUUAAAUUAGGAAAGUUUUAACUCUUUCCAAAUUUUAGUGAUUUUCAUUUUAUCUUCUGAUUCUGAUGAUGAAGUAUAUUUCAUAUUUGUUACUCAUGUUAUAUUUUUUUACCAAGGUCAAAUAUGACAUGUUUUUUGUUAAUUCCUAGUUGAAAAAAAUUGUUUCUCAAUAAAUUGUUAAUACUGAGUAAUACUGUAAAUUGCUCGAAAAGGAUUUUGAAACUGGUAUUUUUAGUUUUUUUUUUCUUUUUCUUUAAAAAACACCUCUUUUACUUUUGUCCAACUUUAAUUUAAAAUUAAAUUCUCUUGUUCCUUACCAUAGUAAACGCAAUAUUAUUUCUUCAAGGGAAGAGCACACAUCACAUAUGUAUGUAAUUUUUACCUGUACCAUUCAUAGACAAAAAAUUAAUACAAUUAAUUCCUGCCAGAUCUUGGAAAUGGACCUAAUGAUUCCAAAUAUUUGAAUUAAAAUUAAUUUAAGUAGAACUAAGUCAAAAGUUGUAAUUUAGUUAACACAAGGUAAAGUGCCAUCCAUUGAUAUGUGAAUAGUUGAAACUUUUUUCAUCAUCCAAACCAAAAUCCAAGUCUAACAUAAAAGUAGCACAGUAGUAUAUGAAUGGUAGGUAAAUAUGAACCCUGUCCCUAUUUCAUCUUGUGUAUGAGUGUUUAAUACGACAAUUCAAUCGUUGUAUUACUAGAUACUUCCACGUAAAUAUUUUAUCAUUCGUUUUUGUAACCUUUAUGUAAACAUUAUUUUGAAUGUUGCUUCUGAUACUUGUAAAAAUCUCUGUUAACGUUUUGCCAAAACUCUUUUCCACGAAAAGUUAAGUUAAUAAAAAAGGAAAUGAUUUUAAAUCACCAAAAAA